AUCCUCUUCACAUACAUAAGCAUAUAAACCCCCAGUGAGUUUUGUCCUCGUGCAGAUAAAUUCCCAAUAUAUGGAAUAGUUUCUGUUACCCUAGUCCCAAGUCUCUUCGUCUCCUCAACUUGAUAUUUAUAAGAGAUCGAUAAGCUCAAAGAAGAGAUGGAGAUCACUAACGUUAACGAGUAUGAAGCCAUCGCUAAGGAAAAAUUACCAAAGAUGGUCUACGAUUACUACGCUUCUGGCGCAGAAGAUCAGUGGACUCUUCAAGAGAACCGAAACGCUUUCUCUAGAAUCUUGUUUCGGCCUCGGAUUCUGAUUGACGUAAGCAAGAUUGAUAUGACUACAACUGUCUUGGGAUUCAAGAUUUCUAUGCCCAUCAUGGUUGCUCCUACUGCUAUGCAGAAGAUGGCGCAUCCUGAAGGUGAGUAUGCUACGGCUAGAGCUGCAUCUGCUGCUGGAACUAUCAUGACACUAUCUUCAUGGGCUACUUCUAGCGUUGAAGAGGUUGCUUCAACAGGACCCGGAAUCCGAUUUUUCCAGCUCUAUGUCUACAAGGACAGGAACGUGGUUGCUCAGCUUGUGAGAAGAGCAGAGAGAGCCGGAUUCAAAGCAAUCGCUCUCACUGUCGAUACACCGAGGCUUGGUCGCAGAGAAUCUGAUAUUAAGAACAGGUUUACCUUGCCACCUUACUUGACUUUGAAGAAUUUUGAAGGUCUUGACCUCGGCAAGAUGGAUAUGGCAAAUGACUCAGGACUAGCAUCCUACGUGGCUGGACAAAUUGAUCGUACCUUGAGCUGGAAGGAUUUGCAAUGGCUUCAGACAAUCACAAAGCUGCCUAUUCUUGUGAAAGGUGUGCUCACAGCUGAGGAUGCUAGGAUGGCGGUACAAGCAGGAGCAGCCGGUAUCAUCGUGUCUAACCACGGUGCUCGUCAGCUUGAUUACGUCCCAGCCACAAUCAUAGCCCUUGAAGAGGUUGUUAAAGCAGCUCAGGGAAGGAUUCCGGUAUUCUUAGACGGUGGAGUUCGACGUGGAACCGAUGUCUUCAAAGCACUUGCGCUUGGAGCCUCGGGCAUAUUCAUCGGACGUCCGGUGGUGUUCUCGUUGGCGGUGGAAGGAGAGGCCGGCGUGAGAAAAGUGCUUCAGAUGAUGAGAGAAGAGUUCGAACUCACAAUGGCAUUAAGUGGAUGCACUUGUUUAAAGGAGAUCACACGUAACCACAUUGUCACCGAUUGGGAUGCUCCUCAGGCACGUUUAGUCCCAAAGCUGUAAAUACAUAUACCAAAAGAAAUGUAUCUUUUGCCUUCUUCGUCGUCUAUCCUUGUGAUUUCUAUGUACAUUUCAAUGGCUACCGCUAUUCUUCUGCCUUUUCUUUUCUCUCUGCGUAUCUUUUUGUUAAUUCCCUUGAUAUCUACUUGUAAAUCCUUGUGUUUUGUAUGUAUAUUAAAACCUCGUGAUUUGUAGUUGUACGUAGUCCUUAA